UUAGCACCGCCCGGUUCGCGGCGGUGGAAGCAGCGGAGCCGCCCGUCGUUCUCCGUCUGUCGCCUGCCCCUCUCGCUCCCUCCCCGUGUCUCACGCUUCGGCCUCCUCGUUAGUCGUGUUUUGCUGCUGCUGCUGCUGCCGUCGUCGUCGUUCGCAGCAUUUCCCCUCUCUCCGUCGCCGUCAAUUCCCCGCGUUCGUCGCGAGGCAGUUCAUUUUGCCGCCCCCUUCCCCCCUCCUCCUCCUCCCAGCAGGCGUCGGCGGUCGCAAGGUUGGGGCCGCAUUCACCCCCCCCAUGGGAUAGGCCCAAAGGUAAAACCAUGGGUUGUAUGAAGAGCAAGCAAAAGCAGUCUCCACCGAGGAAGCACCAGGUGGAUGAAAGUGUCGGCAACUUGGGGCACUCGACCCCGACCAACCGCUACGAAUCCGAACCCAGGACGCAGUCUGCUCAGCAACCGAUGCGCAUCACCAACGCCAUUCCCGACUUCAACUUUGCGGGGUCCAUGCUCUCACCAUUUGGUGGAGCCAGCUCCAUGAGUGUGUCUUCUCCACAGCGCACACAUCUUGCAGGAGGAGUAACGCUGUUUGUCGCGCUCUAUGACUACGACGCCCGAACACAGGACGACUUGAGCUUCAGAAAAGGCGAAAAAUUCCAGAUCAUUAACAACACGGAAGGGGACUGGUGGGAGGCAAGAUCCCUCUCUACUGGAAACAAAGGGUACAUACCCAGCAACUACGUGGCACCUGCGGACUCAGUGCAAGCAGAAGAGUGGUAUUUUGGGAAAGUUAGCCGCAAAGAUGCGGAGCGCCAACUGCUCUGUCCAGGAAAUCCUCGGGGCACAUUUUUGAUCCGUGAAAGUGAGACCACCAAAGGUGCCUACUCACUGUCCAUUCGGGACUGGGAUGAGGUAAAGGGGGAUAACGUGAAGCAUUACAAAAUCCGUAAGCUGGACAAUGGUGGGUAUUACAUCACCACUCGGGCGCAGUUUGACACACUGCAGAAGCUGGUACAGCACUACUCAGAGCGGGCAGCGGGGCUGUGCUGCCGGUUAGUGGUGCCUUGUCGCAAGGGGAUGCCCAAGCUGGCAGACCUGUCGGUGAAAACCAAAGACAUGUGGGAGAUCCCUCGCGAGUCCCUGCAGCUUAUCAAGCGCCUGGGCAAUGGGCAGUUUGGGGAAGUCUGGAUGGGCACAUGGAAUGGUACCACCAAGGUGGCGAUAAAGACACUCAAACCCGGCACCAUGUCGCCCGAGGCUUUCUUGGAGGAGGCUCAGAUCAUGAAGAAGCUUCGGCACGAUAAGCUGGUGCAGCUAUACGCCGUCGUCUCUGAGGAGCCCAUCUACAUCGUCACUGAGUUCAUGAGCAAGGGGAGCUUGCUGGAUUUCCUUAAGGAGGGUGAUGGACGGUAUUUAAAGCUGCCCCAGCUAGUAGACAUGGCUGCCCAGAUUGCGGCCGGGAUGGCAUACAUUGAACGGAUGAACUACAUCCAUCGAGACCUGCGUGCCGCCAACAUCCUCGUGGGCGAUAACCUCAUCUGCAAGAUCGCUGACUUUGGUCUUGCCCGUCUCAUCGAGGACAACGAGUACACAGCUCGCCAGGGUGCCAAGUUUCCAAUUAAGUGGACAGCCCCAGAAGCAGCCAUGUUUGGCCGAUUUACCAUAAAAUCUGAUGUCUGGUCGUUUGGCAUUCUACUGACGGAGCUGGUGACCAAGGGGAGGGUACCGUAUCCAGGCAUGGUAAACCGCGAGGUGCUGGAGCAGGUGGAGCGUGGCUACCGCAUGCCAUGCCCACCCAGCUGCCCCGAGUCGCUGCACGAGCUCAUGAUGCAGUGCUGGAAGAAGGACCCUGAGGAACGGCCCACCUUUGAGUACCUGCAGGCCUUCCUCGAGGACUACUUUACUGCCACGGAGCCACAGUACCAGCCUGGGGAGAACCUGUGACCCGCUCUGCCCACCACACAGUGUGCUUCCUGCCUGAAAAUUGUCCGGGCCCACACGCAGGCAUUAAUCUGGGGGAGGGCGUGGGUUGAGUGCGUUCGUCUGCGCACGCACGCGUACGUACGCGCUUUCAACUUGGCCUGUGAAGUUGCCGCGAGAAAAGAGGAUGGAUGGGGUUUUUUGCUGGUCAGGGUGGAACAGGGUCUUUUGAACCCUGUGUUAAUUUUUAUUAUAAUGAAGGCCCUGUUUCUAUACAGACAGUUGGCCUUUCUGAAGGUUAAGCCACUCGCCACGCUAAACCAAGUCGCCUGAUGCCGGAUGCAAGUUUCAACACUUUUAAAUGCUACUUGUAUAACAAUGUUUUUUUUAUAUAUUGCAUAUUGCUCACUGUAAUUACGGCAUACUACUACUACUGCUAAUGCUGCUUUAAUGCAGUUUGAUAAGAGACUGAGGAGGCAGGAUCUGGUACACUAAUUCCACAUUUGGAUGCGCAGUCUUGGGCUCAAAGGGGUCGCAAUGGAAACCAUUCCUGUGCCAAAGACUCAGCCACUCUGAUUAAUUGCGUACUCGUGUUGUAUAGCGCAUAGCCUCUGGGUUUUUGCGAUGCAGUGAUGUAAUUAACAACAAUAAUUUAUGUUUGUCCUGGGGUUCAGUGUCACACUCACAAGAGCAGGGACUCGGACAAAAAUUGCCACUACGUAAUGCAAGAAAACCCGACAAUAUUAUUAUUACAGGAGAAAAUUAAUGACACAUUCCACUAUUCUGACAAACUUUUUGAAAAUGGUAAGCUGGCUCAAAUGUAACUGGAUGGUUCUAAAGUUACCCGGUUAUCAUGUACAAAGGUGGCUGUUGUGGAUUCGCGCGUGUAUAACGAAAACAAUAUACUGUUUGGCGCAUAUGAAACGGUGCACCGUACCUAUGAAACGGUUACUUUCAUGGUUCUGGCUUUGUGCAUUUUACGUUGCUUUAAAGCUAAUUUGCUAACCAGUGCUGCACGAUUACUCCAAGCCUGACCACUGGGCAAUAAGCUUACUGAGAAUAAACAAUGUAAAGAUGAAAAUACUGUAGGAGGGGUGCUGAUUAAUGAUGUUUUUUGCGAAGGAUUGUACAGAUUAAGUGGGAGGAGUCACAUUGAGACUGCCGUGAAGUCCGUUUUUACUUGCUCUGUGUUGAACACUACAUUUUUAUAACAGAUGUCAUGGUUAAAUGUUUGUUUAUUAUUGUAUGCAUUUUAAUGAAUCUAUUAUGCUUAGCCAAUUUAUAAAUAUUUUUUCUAGUAAAAUGUGUAUAUUUUAGCCAGUUAGAGUUGUCACUGUGUGCUCUGUUUAGUUGCAAUCUUUUCCAUAAAUGUGCAACCGAUUUCAGCCUAGUUGAGCUUUUAUACUUUUUUUGAAAUAAAUUAUACUAUAUAUGCAUACCUGCAUGCAUGACUAAUGUUUUAUUACAGAGUUCAACAGUAAUUGAUUUCUUUUUUUAACUGGUGCCAUUGCUCUGAAAUGAAACUAUGCUAAAAGUGAAGCUUUUUUGUAAGUACGGUUCCAAGAGCUUAACAUGAAUAGCGAGAGAUCAUGACAUUCAAUUUUCAAGUUUUUGUAAUUUAGCCUAAAUAUAAUUUGUACUGGUGCCAGCAAUUGAGUAGGCCCUUGUGUGAGCCAGUCCUUUUUGCCUAUUGGUGAGGUAUAAUGUGGUGGUGGUGAGAAUCGACAACUAUUUAGGCUUUUGUUCGAACAUGUUGGAAUAUUUUUCAGAUUCCUCUGCGGUCAUUUGUUGAUUGCCUACACAGUAUUUGUUAUAAAGGAAAAUCCACGUUGCAUUGGCGGUCUUUUAGUUUAGCCUCUUUGAGUGUGAGUUUAACUCUUUUUUUCGAAUAUAGUUUCAUACAGCCCAUUUUUGAAGGAGGUGGCAGUAAGGUUGUGAAAGAGUAGCUUGCUCAGAACGGUUAUCAGCUCCUGGUCAGUGCAUGAGCCUACCUUGGACUGCAGGCUUUGAGUACACUCAUGCCAGCACUCGUGCUAAUCACGACGCUAAAAUGUUUUCGCUGAUCGUUUCUCUCUCCACCCCAAAAUUGGUUUACAUAUUGUAUUUACUGUAAAGUUAUCAUGAUUGAAUGUUCCUGGAAAAUACUUGUAAUGCUUCACCCAAUAUGUAUCAAAAUCCAUUCCUUCAUUUCUUACAUUAAAUAAAAGCACUAGCUACUUAAA